AUGCCCCAAAAUACCACCAAGUUCCAAAACCCGAUAAUCCGUGGUUUCAACCCGGACCCGACCGUGUGCGCGGUUCCGGCAUCGGACUCGGCGCCCACGACCUACUUCCUCAGCACAUCGACCUUCGAGUACUUCCCCAGCUGCGCCAUAUACACGUCCACGGACCUCAUCAACUGGCGGCUCAUCGGCCAUGCGCUCACGCGCCGGAGCCAGAUCGAGAUGCGGACGGUGGAGCCGGGCGCGGGGAGCUGGGCUAGCACGCUGAGGUACAGACCGGGAGAGCGGCGCUGGUACCUCGCCACGGGGGUAUUCCAGCGGUAUAGGCCGGGUUCUGAUGAGCGAAUAUUCCCUCGGGGCUUCUACGUCUACACGGACAAUAUCUGGGACGAUAGCGCUUGGUCCGAUCCGAUAUACUUCGACAACCCAGGAUUUGACCAAGAUCUCUUCUGGGACGACGACGCCGACGGCAAAGUCUACCUCAGCACGACCGUGCGCCUAGCAUCGCGCGCGCCCAACUCAAAACUCAAAGACUUCGGCAUCCACAUCUCGGAAAUCGACCUGUCCACCGGACGCACCCUGACGCCCCCCGCCGUGAUCCGCACCUCGCCGCACGGCAUCGCGGAGGGCUCGCACCUCCUGCGGCGUGGGGAUUUCUACUACCUGCUCACUGCGGAGGGGGGCACAGAGGCCGGACAUCAGGAGUGGGUGUUACGCAGCAGGGAGGGCGUGUAUGGGCCCUGGGAGAGCCGCGGCGCGCCGCUGUGGUAUAAUGGCGCUGAUGAGGAGGUUCAGAGGACGGGACAUGCGGAUGUAUUUGAGGAUGGGGACGGGGCAUGGUGGGCGGUGUUUCUCGGGGUGCGGCCGGUGAAAGUCGGGGAGGGCUAUUUGGAGCCGCAGAUGGGGCGCGAAACGUUUCUGGUAAAGGUUGACUGGGUGGACGACUGGCCUGCCUUCAAUGAGGGACGGAACAUCACCUUGGAGACUCAGGGGCGGAGUUCCGUCCAGCAAUUUGCUACCCAGAUCAAGCCUGGAGAUGUCAAGUGGGAAGCCUCUCUAGACCAGCCUGAUCUGGAGCUUGGCUGGUAUCAAAAGAAUACCCCCCUGAAGCAAUGCUACACCCUGACCGAACGGCCAGGCCACCUGCGUCUGUACGGUAACUGCUACGACCUUUCAUCCCCGGAAGCACCCGCGAUGCUGCUGAGGAAACAGUCAUCGUAUACCGAGACCUUCGAGGCGAAUAUGCAAUUCAACCCCAGGAAGCCGGGCUACGAGGCGGGCGUGGUGGUGUGGUGGAGUCAAUACUCGUACGCCUCCAUCGGAGUCACCAUGCACGAGACUGCGACCGGGGAGCAAGUCAAGACCGUAAUCUGCCGUGUCCCUAUGGGAAACGCUGGUUGCAUGAAGACAUCCCACCCGUUACUGGAGCACAGCCAGCGCUCAACCACGCUCAACGCGGUCGAACCUGUCCACCUGCGGAUCGAGGCAAGGCCAAGUAUUUAUAGGCUGUUGCUGAGCUCUGGCACCGUUGGAGAGAGCUGGGAGGUCGGAGCGCAAGACCUGACAGUCUCGCCUCCGGUGGGCGGUGCGUUCUGUGGUGCGAUGUUCGGCUUAUAUUCUUUUGGUAAAUGGGAGCCUGUGUUAGAUCCAGCCGACUUUUCGGGCAUUGCCAUCAGUGAAGGACUGGACUAG